AUGCCUGGAGACAGAGAGGACGAGAUUUGUCAAAAGGCACUGGAACUCUUGUCGGAUCUCUGCUCUAAGGGCGAAGUGCAAAGCGACAAUUGUUUGGAUUUCAUAUAUUAUUUUCGCGAUCUUGCCAGACCGAGAUAUACAGACUCAGAGGUGUCAGUGAGCCUGCUGUCCCUGGUGGUGACAGCCUGUGGACUGGCCCUUUUUGGGGUCUCUCUCUUCGUGUCCUGGAAGUUGUGUUGGAUUCCCUGGCGAGAACAUGGCUGUGCUGGAUCGCCAGGGGCUAAGGAGGGCCAGGCGGAGCAGCAGGGCAUCUUCACAGAUGUGGAUGGUGCUGAUAACGAGUAUGGUCAGGACUACAUGAAGGAGCUCAUGUCAGCACCGGCACCUGAGUCGGCAAUGAAGAUUAGUCACACCUCGCCCGACAUCCCACUGGAGGUCCAGUCCAAGGACAAGGAGAACUGUGUCCACAAUGCCCGCAUGCAGCGGCAGAUCACAGAGCCAACCACAUCUGUGAGGCAUAACUCCAUACGGAGGCAGAUGAAUCUGUCCAACCCAGACUUCAACGUGGCUCAGUUCCAGAGGCAGGAAUCUUUGACCGGGCUGGGCCGGAUAAAGCCAGAGCUGUACAAGCAGAGGUCGGUGGAUGGGGAAGAUGGCCGGAGAAGCAACAGCUGUGGCCGCCUCCACUUCAUCCUCAAGUACGACUGUGACCUGGAGCAACUCAUUGUCAAGAUCCACAAGGCACAGGACCUGCCCGCCAAGGACUUCUCAGGCACCUCCGACCCUUAUGUGAAGAUCUACCUGCUCCCGGACCGCAAGACAAAGCACCAGACCAAGGUGCACCGCAAGACUCUGAAUCCAGUGUUUGACGAGGUCUUCUUGUUCCCCGUGGCCUACGCUGAGUUGCCCACACGCAAGCUGCACUUCAGCGUGUACGACUUCGACAGGUUCUCCCGCCAUGACAUCAUCGGCCAGGUGGUGGUGGACAAUUUCCUGGACCUGAACGACUUCCCAAGGGAAACAAAACUCUGCAGGGACAUCCAGUAUGUCACCUCGGAUAAUGUUGACCUAGGUGAUCUCAUGUUCUCACUCUGUUACCUUCCCACUGCUGGAAGGCUGACCAUCACCAUCAUAAAGGCAAGAAACCUAAAAGCCAUGGACAUCACUGGGGCAUCAGAUCCGUAUGUAAAGGUUUCUUUAAUGUGUGAAGGACGAAGACUAAAGAAGAGAAAAACAUCCACGAAAAGAAACACACUCAAUCCUGUCUACAAUGAAGCCAUAGUCUUUGAUGUCCCUCCAGAAAACAUUGACCAAAUUAGCCUUUUAAUAGCUGUAAUGGACUAUGACCGCGUAGGUCACAAUGAGGUCAUUGGAGUGUGUCGGGUGGGCAACGAGGCAGAGAGCCUGGGCCGUGACCACUGGAAUGAGAUGCUGAUGUACCCUCGCAAGCCCAUUGCCCACUGGCACCCUCUUAUUGAGUGGGUGGGACAAGGUGCCACGAGCGGGAGCCAGGGUGGGUCCUGUAAUUCCCUGAAGGCUCCCCCAUCUCCGUAG